AUGGCUGGAGUUGUUGCCCUCACGGAAACCUCAAGCCACCUAGAGAUGGUGCUUUGGGCUGAUGAGGAGAACCUCCGCCGGACCGCGCAUUCCACGAUCUUUCGGAACAACCUUACGAAGUAUCUAGGUGUCCACUCCAAAGUUGUUCGUGGCCCUGAACUCUUCUUUCAUGAACCUCGCUUCUGGCUCGACGAGAUCAACAACAACAACAACACCAAGAUUCUGAGGUCCAAAAUCGCCAACAGCAACAGUGGCAGUGGAGAAACCACUGUUGGCAGCGACAUUCAGGAAGAGGGCCGUUAG